CUGUCUUUAGCCUUUAAUGACACGUAUUUAUUGACUAAAUCACUUCAUCUAUGAUGUGUAUAUAGCGAUCUUCACAACUCGAAAGAAUGGGGGAAAUGAAUCAAGCAAUUCGAUCAGUUUCGAGCUCAGCCACCAGCAAUUUUCUCGUUGGGACACAAAAGUUCAGCGAUCAGCUUCGGGACUGUCACAAAUUCUUCCACGCGUCAAGAAAACCCACAAAGCAUGGAGCAGAAAGAAACAAUCCGAAGGAAAAAACUGGGGAUUUGAUGUCUCAUUCAUUUGGAGAGGGAUAUGCGACGAGGUCAGAUGAAGAAGGAUUUGGAGGGAUUUACGGAGGGAACCAGAGUAAAUCCGAAAUACAAACGGACAAGGAGAUCAACGAAAAUCAUCCAGCUUAUGACAAGAGCCAGGGGACUGAAGUAAAGGAGAAGGAGAAAGCCAGGCACCAAACUCACGCAUCGAAUUAAUUGGGGAACAUAGAGAAUUUGAUGUUUAAUAACAUCUAUUUGCCAA